UUUCUUUUUCCUUUGCAGUGAACACAAAGGCCGAAUUCUGGUAUUUUCUCUCAAAGUUUCGUUGUCUCAUCUCUGUACAGGAAAAUUAAUGGACAAACUUCGAUACAUUUUUACUCAAAUCUCUGAUUCAAGUGGUUAUCAAAUACAAGAAAAAUUUGAAGAAUAUUUAAGGGCUGUUUUAGCUCUUCCAAGCGCUGUAUGUGAAGGUCCAUCAUUCGGGUAUAAUGACACAGCAUCACGGACAUGCUUCGAUGGAAAGAUUCUUGAAGAGUUAGGUUUUGGUCAAAUGGUAAAACGAGAAAAAGUUAAUGUGAAUGACUUCCUAAAUGUUCUGAUGUCAGACCCAGGUCCCCAAUGUCUCAUGUGGUUACCAAUUCUUCAUCGAAUGAGUCAAGCAGAAAAUGCUGUACACCCAGUUCAGUGUGAGGGUUGCAACCGAGAAUCAUUUAUGGGAUUUCGCUAUAAAUGUCAGCGAUGCUAUAACUACCAAUUGUGUCAAGAUUGCUUCUGGAGAGGUCGGACAUCAGGAAAUCACACAGACUCCCAUGAAAUGAAGGAAUAUUUAUCCUAUAAAUCUCCAGCAAAACAGAUUGGUCAUUCAUUGAAAAAGUCAUUCCGCUGUGUACCAAGCAAACCAAAUCAUAAAAUUCCUACUUUUUCUGACGUUCCAGAAAACCGAAUUGAUUUAACAAAUAUUGUGCCACCAACCCCAGUAAUGGUGCACAACGAUCUCCAAGAUGCUUGUAGUCAUUCUAUCGACUUGUCUUCAGUUGACAGUGGUCCAACUUCAAGAAGUCCGAGUAAACUGAAUGCUAGUAUAGGAGACACAACCCGCAUCGAUGAUGAACACCGCUUGAUCGUGCGCUAUGCAGCACGACUUGCAGCAGACGCUUCAAAUGCAGCACGAAGCCCUGCUGAGAUGAACUUUAGCCUUGAUUCAAGUAAAGCUCAACGGGAACUCAUUGCACAAUUAGAGGCCAAAAAUCGGGAGAUUAUGCGUGAGAUUCAGCGCUUACGCAUGGAACAAGAAGCAAAUGCCAAAAACAUGGAAGUUCAGUAUGACCCCACAUUACUGGCGGAGUUGAGGUUACUGCGGCAACGGAAGGAUGAACUUGAGGCUCGGAUGCAAUCAUUGCAGGAAAGUCGGAAAGAACUGAUGGUUCAGCUGGAAGGAUUAAUGAAAUUAUUAAAGAAUCACAGUUCCCCGCGUUCCACUCCGAACAGCAGUCCACGGUCCCGCGGCGGGGGUCACUCCCCAAUAGCGGCCGUGCCGAGUAAAGGCAGCUCCCCCAGCACGCCGAUGGAUGCUCUCACUGGUCUGGGCAUCGGUGGAGAUAUCAGGCAGGCUUUCAGCCAGGUCUCCACUGCAGGCUCUCCCAAUGUACGGAAUUUGCGAAAUGAUCUUCUAGUAGCAGCGGACUCUGUUACAAAUGCAAUGUCGUCUCUUGUCAAAGAACUGAAUUCAGAAGGUAGUGGCAGUGAAGAUGAAAGUAGUGCUCUGGGGACUUUGGCUGCCUCAGGCAAUUUGGAUAUCGAGGCCUAUUACCCCACCCAGACAUCAGACGAUGUUGAUGGGUGGCGAGAUGAGGUGAAACGGCGGCUAGACCAAGAGUCAGAAUUCUUGGCACAGUUGAGGGCAAGGCGCCAGAAAGGUAGCAACAGCAGCAGUCGAAACCAAAGUGAUUCAGAGACAGAUCCAUACAUUCCCGAUGACUGUGAAUCUUAUGGCCGUACAGAAGAUGAAGCAAGUGUCCUUGUCACAGAUGAUGGUGAGUCCUAUAUCGGGACCAACGAUGGCAGCCGUGCCCUUACAGACGACGAUGAUUCAGAACUCUAUGAUAAUCAUCCAAAAGAAUUGGUGAACCGUUAUAUGACGGAUGACGAGAGCUACUUGCAGUCAGACGCAGAAUCUUACAUCCGAACUGAUGAUGAAGAGGGUGGCAACACCGAAUGGGAAGAAUCAAUGCGACGCUGGGUGAACAGAUGAUAGUUCAUCAACUACGAAACCUGUUGCUGAUUAAAGAAGCCAACAAACAGCUUCUGAAAGGCUUUAAUUCUGGAAAUUUCUCUCUUUUCCACCUGGUAUUUCUGUCAGUCUGUCAGUCUGCCUUUUUGCACCACCACCCCACAAAAAUAAAUAAAUAAAACCAAAUAAAACCAUGCUGUUUCCAGCAAGGCCACACUUUAGAGCAGCACUGCAGCCGAGAUGGACGACUCCCAAAAUGACCAGUCGCCAGUCAGUGGUAGCAGCACCAGUCUUGUUUUAUUAAUGGACAUUUCUGUUCCCUUUGAAAAUACCUCACAACAUACAACUACCGUCAUUUCUAUUUGUCUCUACACUUUUUGUGAAAUUAUUUUAAGCCACUGUUAUCUUUAAUCAUAGUUUCAGUCGAAGGAGGAAAAUAAAUCUGUCAGAAGACAAAUUGUAAAAUGCAUCUAUGACUGUUGCAGAAUGGAAUGUGAAAUGGAAGCGACUGAGAAGAAUAUUCUAAGACGUCUUUGAGUGUUAAUGUAUAGAGAAGUCAUGUUUGAUGGUAACGGCAACACCGUAAUAUUGUAUCAUGCAGUUGGCAUUGAUGGCUGAGAGUAAAAGAGAAUGUUGGCAAAGACAUUGAGGUCUUCAGUAAAGAAUACAUUAAUGUUUAUGAUACUAAGUCCUUUGAUUAAAAAUGCUGAAAUGUUAAAAAAGAAAAUCUUAA